CCCGCCCGCUGGGACAGGUUUGAUCCCGGUUCCUGCCGCGAUCCACGUCUUUUUUAAGAUUCCAGAACAAAGCUGAAAAAAAUGGUUGACCUUGCUCAGCUAAUGGAAAAUGAAGUAUUCAUGGCCUUUGCCUCCUAUACAACAAUUGUUCUUUCAAAAAUGAUGUUUAUGAGUACUGCAACCGCAUUCUAUAGAUUGACAAGAAAGGUGUUUGCCAACCCGGAAGACUGUGCAAGCUAUGGCAAAGGAGAAAAUGCCAAGAAGUAUCUUCGUGUAGAUGACAGAGUAGAGCGUGUGCGAAGGGCCCAUCUGAAUGACCUUGAAAAUAUUGUGCCAUUUGUUGGUAUUGGCCUUCUGUAUUCCUUAAGUGGUCCAGAUCUCUCUACAGCUCUACUGCACUUCAGACUCUUCGUUGGAGCACGGAUCUACCACACAAUUGCAUAUCUGUUACCCCUUCCCCAGCCAAAUCGCGCUUUGGCUUUUUUUGUUGGAUAUGGAGUUACUUUUUCAAUGGCUUACAGAUUGCUGAAGAGUAGAUUGUACCUGUGAGGAGAAUCAUACCACUCAUCAUCCAAUUAUUUUCUAAGAAUUCUGUACUCAAUUUAUAAUGAGUUCUAAGUGGGAGGGAACAGAGAAAUUGAGAUGAGGAAAACCUAGGCUGAAUAUUAACAUCACUAAUAUCCUUGACUCUAGUGUUAUAUUUGAGAUAGAAAUUUAAUGAAAUUCUUAAAUCUUUUCUCUUAUUCUUAAUGUUCUUUGUUGUAAAUUUUGAUUAUAAUUUGUAACAUUCAUUCACCAUUUCAUAUUUUAAAUCUAUAAAAAGAGCGAGUGCAUGUAUGAGAAACUGAUUUCAAUAUUGCUGAAAGGGGCAUAUGAAAUAAAGAAUUUAAAGAAUAAUUUUACUUGGCUUUAUUUUCCCCAACUUGUAUUUUCAAAACCUUCAAAUCUAUGGAAAAGUGGAAAAGUAAAACAAUGAGCCUUUUAUGUCUUUCACUUAGAUUUACUAAUUGUUAAUAUUUUGCCAUAUUCGCUUUAGCUCUAUCACUCAGUGUUUUUUUUUUUCCUGAACAAUCUGAAGGUAAGUUGCAGAUAUCAAUAUAGUUCACUCUGAAAUAUUUCACCAUGUGUUUUCUGUAAACAAUACAGUCUCCAAAUAACCACAAUACCUUUAUCACAUGCAAGAAAUGUAAUAUUAAUACACUAACAUUAAUUCAUAUGUAUAAUUCACAUUUAAAUUUCCCCAAUUUUCUUAAUAAUGUCCUUUAUAACUGCUUUAUUUUUGAUCCAAGAAUCAAACAAGAACCACGCAAGUAUUUGGUUACCAUUUCUAUGUAGUUUUCAAUAAAAUGAAAGAGUUCCUUCACUUUUUUCCCCUUUGCCUUUUAUGGCCUUCACGUUUUUUGAGAAUAGGCUGGUUGUUUUGCAGAAUGACCCUUAAUCUGGUUUUCUUGUGCCUGCUAUUUUCUCAUUUUUAGAUUCAGUUUGUCCCAUUGUUAGUGAUGUUAAAUCUGAUUGGUUUAGUAAACUAUUAUCAGAUUUAUCCAUUGUAAUGGUAUCUUUUUAUUUUUAUAAUCAUGUGUGGGUUGAUAAAUUGAGAGUUUGCAAAUCCUCUUCUAUAAACUUUCACCCAAUGGAUUUAACAUCUAAUGAUGCUCAGUUGGU